AAGAUUACCGUCAACCUUCGGUUGGGCUUGAUAAGCUAUUUAACACUCCAGAUCGUGAACCUGCAAUAGCUAAUAGCUUAAUUGCAGCUUUAUAUAGUAAUGAGGAAUUGAAUGAUGAAAUUUAUAAUGAGACCGAAGUUGAUCAUUAUCUUUGUGAACCUAAUGAGAAAAGGGCUAUGAUCCAUUAA